AACGUCCCGAGGUUUGGCUGUACCGGAAAUGCCUCAAUAUAUUUAGACAGACAAAAGGCUCUCAAGUCAUCUAAAAUAACAAUAGCUUAUUCAUGUGUAGACAUUCAAAUACACUUCAUAAAGUUUUACAUAGGCCUAUAGACUCGACAAAAUAAAACAUGGUCGGGAUAGGAUUAGCCCACAUUUCCCUGAUAUUCGUUUUAUGUCAACGUCAUGUCGACUCUUACGUUCCUCCUCCUGUCAACAUGAGCCUCAUCUGCCACAAUUUUCACAAUGUGAUCUAUUGGAACUACAGUGAACCAUCUCUGCAGCCACAGUUCAAUGUGGAAAUGACAAGAAAAUAUUCUGGUGCUGCCUUGGUUUGUUCAAACACUUCCCUCUACCACUGCGAUGUCUCCUCAUUUACCAAAGUAAUAGAAGAGGGCUACCGUUUCAUAUUGACUGCUGUUGGACAGAAUACCAAUUCCUCCGAAAUUUCAUUCACCUACGAUGAUACAGUGUAUUCAGACGUGGUGGUACAGUGCUCAUUGGAUUUCCCACCUGUCAACAUCUCUGCUGUAUCUGAUCAAAUGAUCAACGUUCAAUUCAUUCACCCAUUUCACAUCUACAAAUAUGCCAUCAUCAAAAAUGAAAGACCGGAUCAUAAGGAAUUUCAUUACACGGUUGUCGCAGAACAUCCGUUGAAAGAGCAUCAUUUUACCUGCUCCUACAAGCAACACCAUGUGUGUGAGGCUGAAAUACCAGUCGAUGGAAAGAUGGAUAGGCACUGCAUUAAGAUGAAAGGAAAAAUGAACAAUGUUCAUGUCUCAGCUCACCAGAACAUAUGCAUUGAGGGGAAGCAUGGGGAUUCCGGUCCUAGCUACACUGCCCUCUACAUUGUGAUCCCUAUCGUUGCCAUAGUGGUGAUUGCGUUCAUCGUGUGGCUGAUAUACAGUAAACUGACAAGCGGCUCAUUCCCUCAACCAAAGUUUUUGGCUUCCGUGCUGUCACAUAUGAGUUCAGGUGAGUCCCUUAUGCACCCUGAAAGAGACAUUCUGAGUGAGUUACAAACAGGUGGCUCCCCCCUGCUGCAGACCCCCAUGGAAUCUUUGCCAGAUGAGACCCUCACAGUCAUCAGUACCCCCCAGGAAGAGGUCCUCCGCCUCCCCAUUGGACUGAAGGACCAGGAGUGGAGCGGUAGGGAGGUCAUGUUGCCUAACGAGGGGUCAGGCUCUUCACUGCAGAUAACGAGAGAGUUGGGACUGGAGGUGAAGAGUGACUUAUCUGAGCUGUCGGACUAUGACUGCCCCCAUAGACCUGUGAUUAUUCCUGUGAUAGAGGAGAUGAGUCCUGGGGACAAUGUUACAGGGUACAAGAUCUGAGUUUCUCUCAAGAGAAAGUAUGGUGAUUUAUUUACAUAUGCUCAGCUCGUGCAUCUACUUAACCACACCUGAAUCUGUUUGGGGUAGAGCAGGGUAUUCAGUUUAGUCUUUGAUUGGUUGUUCUAGACCUACAGCCUGGAGUCCUACCAAUACUUUUCCUGUUCCUUUAACUAUUUAAAUGGGCAGCCUAUUGUGGAGAUGGAGAGGAUAAUCAGAGGGGUAACCUGGGACUGUUGCUUACUCAGGCGAACCAGGGAUAGUGAAAACCAAGUGGUCUUGAAUGCUGGGAACUGCCCCAUUGUAAUGUUGAAUUUCAUUAGACCGAAUUAAUACAUUUCCGGCAGCAUAUUUGUAAAAAAAAAAAAAAAAAUUAAAAAGGUGUU